AUCGAAGUGUUAACUUUUCGCGCUUUAAGUAUUGAUUGACUGAUUUUUGAAUUUGGAACGGUUUCUUUUUUUUAUCAGCCAGCGUGUCUGUGUUGUUGGUGUGAAGUUUUUUUUUUGAAAGCAUGGAUUCGUGGGGGAUUCUGAACGUUGAUACUGCAGCCAUUGCUAUCUCAAGGGAGGAUAACAUGCAAACUAGUUUUCGACGUAAACAUCUCAUAACCAUAGAGAAGCUUCCGGACAAAGUGUUGUUGAAUAUUUUCUCGUACUUGAGCCACCGUGAGAUAUGUCGGAUGGCAACGGUCUGCAAGCGAUGGCGCAUGGUGGCAUAUGAUACACGUUUAUGGACCCACGUCAGUCUUCGCCCCGAAAUAUCCGGCUUGCACGUCGGUUCACUGGAAUCUCUUUUGGCAUUAAUAUCUAUAAGAUUUGGCCCUUCACUACGUUAUAUUGAAUUGCCGAUAGAAUUAAUUACACAUACAGUGCUGCACGAAUUAGCUGCUAAAUGUCCUAAUUUAACACAUAUGCUAUUGGACUUUAGUACAGCCAUGCAAUUGCACGACUUCUCUGAGAUGCAGGCGUUCCCCACCAAGCUACGAUACCUUUGUAUUUGUCUAUCUGAAGUUAUCUUUAUGGAGGGUUUCAUGAGAAAAAUUUAUAACUUUAUAAACGGACUGGAGAUAUUGCAUUUAAUAGGAACAUAUGAAAAAGUAGAAGAAGAAGAGGAAGAGAUCUACGAGGUGAUCAACGUGCACAAGUUGAAGUCAGCGACACCCAACCUUAGGGUCAUCAACCUUUAUGGAAUCAACUUUGUUGAUGACUCACAUAUAGAUGCGUUCAGUUCAAACUGUAUACAGUUGGAGUGCCUGGCGGUGAACUUCUGCAACAAGGUAACGGGGUCCACCAUGAAGACGCUGUUCCAGCGCUCACGUCGGCUAACCUGUCUUCUUAUGAACGGAUGUAGUCUACAAUCAGAGUAUGUGAUGCAAGUGGAAUGGGAGAAGUCAUCUAUACAAGAGCUGGAUGUGACAGCAACAGACUUGUCUACGGAAUGCCUCAUAGAUAUGCUGACACGUAUCCCUGGACUGCGGUUCCUUAGCGCGGGUCAGAUUAAUGGGUUCAAUGAUUCCGUGCUAAAAGCUUGGAUAGAAGCUGGUACUGCCAGGAAUCUAGUAGCUCUGGACGUGGAUUCAUCAGACAACUUGACAGAUGAGGCGCUGCACCGCUUCCUGUCCCGCCACGGCAGCCAGCUGUGGGGGUUGGUGCUGAGCGGCAUGCCGCACAUCACCGAUCAGCUCUGGCAGAGUGUACUGCAGCUGCUCACCAAUGCCAAAAUUCUUAUAAUGGGGACUCAAGAGAGGCUUGGAGUUAACAUCCAUGUUGAUCAGUUAAUGGACGGCAUCGCAAACAGCUGCCCUAACUUGGAACGCUUGGAACUCCGCUGGGAUCCUGAGAACUUGCGUUUCAGUGACAAGAGUCAAAAGGCCAUUGAUAUCCUUCGAGUCAAGUGUCUCAAACUAAAAUGUCUCGUCUUAAGCGAUGGCAGAUACUACGAGAUAGUGAAGGCUAAUUUCGAGCGUGCAGACCGACUGACCGUCGUGAGGACGUCCACUAACUGUCGUGUAUCUAACUAUUACUUGCUUUCCAACUAUAAGGACCUUAUUUUCAACUAAGUUUGUUUUGUGCGAUUGCGGUGGAAAUGCCG